ACACUGUCGCUUUCGGCCAGCCCUGGUCAUCAGCUGGAGAUUGAAAUUUACUGAAUUAUUUAAAUAAUUUUUCCACUAAAUGGAUUACAAUAAGAUUUGUCGGGUGUGCCUGGAGGAGGGCACCCCGGGGCCACUGACGUCCAUCUACAGCACAGACUUUGCCAUGAUGCCCUCGGUGAUGCUGAUGCAGUGCGCCAAGAUACGAGUCUACAAGACAGACGCCUUGCCGUCGGUUAUUUGCAAUAACUGCAUAUACCGCCUGGGUGUAGCCUUCCAUUUUAAGCAGCAAUGCGAGAACAGCGAUUUGAGAUUGCGCCAAUAUUUGGGUGUGCUCGAAUCCUGGCGCCAGGAUGCAGCCACCAACACGGACUUUGUAGAGAAACCCCUGCCCCAGAGUCAUAUACUGAUCUCCAGUGAUGAGGAGGAGCCGACGAACACGAAGACGAGCAAACGACGCUCGCGCUAUCAACGCAAACCGCCCGAGCAGCACAAGAAGCGAGGACCCAAGCCCCUGCCCAAGAUGCCGCACACCUGCUACGAGUGCCACAAGAGUUUCAAGUGCAUUGCGCAGCUCACACAGCACAUACGAACGCACACGGGGGAGAAACCCUACCAGUGCGGCUAUUGCAUCCAGCGAUUUGCCCAAAAGUACAAUCUGAAGGUGCACGAACGCACCCACACGGGGGAUAAGCCCUUCCAGUGCGAGAUCUGCUCCAAGCAGUUCUCGGCGCUGGGCAACUUUCAGGCACAUCAAAAGAUACACGUUGGAGUGAGGGAUCAGAUCUGCACGCUGUGCCAGAAGGGCUUCUAUACGGCGGGGGAUCUGUCCAAGCACAUGAUAACCCACACGGGAAUCAAGAAUCAUCAUUGCGAUGUGUGUGGCAAGGCGUUCAGUCGGCGACGUGACAUGCGCACCCACAAGCUGAAGCUUCAUCCCUUGGAGUCGAGCACGGUGCACGACAUUGUGGAUGAUGACGAUGAUGAGGCCAUAGACACGGAUCCCGUGGGUCUGGAUACCCUCGAUGAUGAUCACGCUCAUUUCAAGUGUCCCGACUGUGAUAAAGCCUUCGACACAGCCGACAGCCUGAGCCUGCACUUUCGCACGCACGCCGUGAACAAUAAUCUGCUGAAUCUACCCUUGCCGCCAGCUCCUCCCAUGUCACAUCAUUACCAUCAUCAUCAUCCGGCAGGCACGGGUCCGUCCACGGCGGCCAUGCAUCAUCACGAUGCGCUGCAUCACCUGGGCAUGGCACAGGCUCAUAUGCUGGCACCACCACCACCGCCACCACCUACACCCAGUGAGGGUCGCUACUCAAUGCUGCAUCACACAGCGGCCCAAAGGUUGCACUACUAAUCGAACACAUUUUGUUUAUUUUAGUUUAUAUAAAAUGGAAUAUUUUUGCAUGGUCUGCUCUUGUCUCUCUUUACAAUAAAUACAAUGUAGAAUUUGGCAAGCACAGCUUCUAUAAGAUCAUUACGAAUGCUAAUGUCAAUGGAAAGAUUGUAAACUCUAUCGUAUUAUACUUAAAUGCGAAAACUAAACAAACU